AUGGACUUCCUCAAAUCAAUCCUACCACCCGGCAAGGGCAUCUUGCCCUACUACAUGCUAAUUCUCUCCGUCAUCUCGAUCGGCAACUCCCUGCAAGCAUAUCUCACGCUGCACUUUUCACGACGCGUCUAUAACGGCCGGUUCGUGCCCAACCCGCGCCUCACCUCGACGACGGCCGCCGACGGCCGCGACCCCCAGGACCGCACCGACAAGCUCGUGCCGGCGAGCGACCCGCGCGACCCCCGCGCGACGGACCAGCUGACGCCGCUCGCCGGCCGCCUGUUCGGCACCUGGACGCUCAUCACCUGCAUCGUCCGCUGCUACGCCGCGUACCACCUGCACAUCGGCCCCGUCUACAACAUCGCCAUCUGGACCUACGUCGUCGCGCUGGGCCACUUCGCCAGCGAGCUCUUCCUCUUCAAGAGCAUGUCGCUCGGCGUCCCGCAGCUCUUCCCCUUUUGCCUCGCGACCACGGCGCUGAUCUGGAUGCCCACGGUCCGCGACUACUACGUCGAGUUCAACUGA